AUGGAAGAGAUUUACUUCCUGAUUGAGAAUAGUGAGGAAUGCCAACUUUCCUUUGAACAAUUACGUUCUGCAGUAUCUGGGGUUGUUCCUUCUAAUGAUACCAUUAAAAGCAAACUUAGAGACAAAUAUGCAGACAGAAUUAUAAUUGCUGUGGGAGUUGGAUGGAGGGAUGCAACUAUUUGUUUCAAUGAUGUUGGAUUCAAAAUUUUGAAAUCAUGGUAUGAUGAUAAAAAAGCAGAUGAAAGUGAUGAGCGAGUAAGAAUCGUACAAGCAGCAGCAAAAAUAAUAAGGCAGGAUGUUCAGAAAAAUGUGUAUGAUACAACCGUCUACCCUCCGGGCAACAACUUUCUGAAAGAAGCAGCUUCAUGUGUGCCCCCAACUCUACGAGUUUUUCUAGAGACAUUGAUCAUGAAAAAAGCAGAUAAUGUAAAUAAACAAAGAAAGUGCAUUUCUAUUGCUCACAGUAUUAUUUCUGCGAUACGACCAACCUCUUUUGUAUCUUCAAUAAUGAACAGUGUUGCUUUGUUUGUGUACAGGAGGUUUGCAAGCAAGAAGUUGGUAAACCUUUUAUCAAGUUUAGGGUUCAGUGCUUCAUAUCACAGCGCACAGCAGCUAGAAAUGUCAGCAAUUAAUCACAUUCAACCUGAUACUGAUACUUCUUUUUUACAAUUUGUGUUUGACAACGCGGACUUCAAUGUUAGAACACUGGACGGUCUCAACACAUUCCAUUCUAUGGGUGGCAUCAAAAGUGUACCUUCUGAAAGCACAACUGGAAGUGAACAUGAAAAACCUAUACCGAGGCUCACCAAGGUACCACCUGCUGAGACAGUAGGGGAACUUGGAGUGAUUCCUUUACGAACCUACCAAAAAUCACAAGGUGGAUUGCGUAAUGUGAUCGUGGAGGAUCUGACAAAUAUAGUCAAGAAAACUGAUCAGCUAACUGCAUUCGAUACUCUUUGGUUGGCAGCAAAAUGGCUCAACAUUAAGUGUGUUCCCGAAUGGAAAGGUUUUAUGCACUCCAUAACAAAAGGACUUGGCAGUAAAAAAACCGAAGUUAUUCCUAUUCCAUUCAUCAACUCUCCUCCAUCUGAUGAAAACACUAUUCACACUGCAUUGCAGUAUGCUGGCAGCUUGUGCGAAAAAGCUAAUCAGAAACACACGAUUGUGACAUUUGACCAGCCGCUAUACAUGAAAGCCAGAGAAAUUGUGGCAGCAGCUGGACCUGACUCCUUGCUGUCCAAAUGUAUAGUCAGAUUGGGUGGUUUUCACCUUUUGAUGUCGUACAUUGGAUGUAUCGGGUAUCUUAUGAAUGGAAGCGGACUUCAGGACUUGAUGUGCACCAUUUACGCCCCUAUUUCUGUAGAAAAAAUGUUACAAGGGAAAGCAUUUGCAAGAGCCGUACGGGCUUUAUUGUUGAUUCAUAGAGCAUUAGCAAACAUGAUAUUGGAGCAUAUUGAUGUGAACCAAGAAGAGCUGGAAGUUAUCAAACACUUCACAGAAAACAUGUUGGACGAGUCUCCAUCAUUGUGUGAGCUGCAACAAAACGUUCAAUUAUUGAGUCUGACAGAGAAAUUACAAACCCAAUUGACUAAGCUGAAGGAAAAUGGACCAACAGCAACCCUUUGGGUCCAGUUAUUCAGUAUAUGA